UAUUCUCGCGAUAUCCGGCGAGACUCCGCUCUCUUCUCGUCCAGCAUGGCGGCGCUGUAUGAGGGAUACACGUUGUGCGGACUCGUUCCAGCUCAAACUCUGUCGAACUCGGGCGUUCAGGGCAUCGAACAGGAGCGAGACAGCGACCACGUCGUCGUCACGGACUCCACCAGAUGUGUCACCCUGUACAAAGUGUCAGACCAGAAGCCACUCGGCAGCUGGACCGUUAAACAAGGUCAAACUCUGACCUGCUCAGCAGUCUUCAAUUCACAGACCAAUGAAUAUGUGGCCAUCACAGAUUACAAGGUUAUCAGAAUAUGGAAGGAAGAAGACAUUCUCUUAGAAAAGGCCUUCAAAGCAACACUGUCAUCAGAUGUCUGGAAGGUCCAUUGUGUGGAUGGAGCGGAGCCUGUGGUCUUAUUUCAGAGAGGAGCUGUGAGACUGCUGGACUCGCUGCUUUCUGCUCCCCAGCAGCCCAUAGAGGAAGUCCUGUCUCAAGAAGAGGCCAUCAGGUGGAGCACCAACAUAGUGGCAGAGACACAGCAGAUUGUCGUCUUCACAACUGAACAGAAAGGAGAUCAUUUCCUCUACCUGCAGAGACUGAACCCUAACACCCUACAGAGGUACCGGCUGGAGAGAGAAGAGCCUGGUGUCGCCCCGCUCAGCUUCUCUGCCUCCUACAGGGAUAAACACAUCCGCCUGCUUUAUCUCUACCCUAACGGCCAUGUGUACCAGAGUGUGGUCUCUGUGCGAGGCCUGGCGACUGAAGAAGGGACUCAGGCUCUGUCACUUCCCCGUAGCCUGCUGCUGGCUCUUCCUGUGGGUGAGGGCCCGCUGGAGGCAGCGUCAGCCAUGGUCCUGGAUGAAGCCCAUGUAGCUGUUGUCGGUGUUCCACAUCCCUCUGCUGGAGCUGGUAAAGACUUUCUCUGCAUCUGGAAUACCAAUUUCCAAACGCUUCAGGCGGGAAAAGAAAUGGCUGGUAAAAUCUAUGGGCAGCUAUGGUGUUAUUCCAACAAGUUAUUCAUUCCACAUGGGAAAACCCUCUCUGUUAUCCCAUUUGUCUGCCCCACAUCGUCACUGGCCUAUGCACUGGGGAAACUGAGGCAGGCCAAGACUGAAGAUUCCAAAGCUCCAGCUUCUGUACCAUCUUGGAACAACAUUCUGCACGGGGAGAAAGCUCAGCCCUCCAGAACGGUGGAGACCAGGAAGACGAGAACAACCCGUAAGACUCAAUCAACUCCUUGUUUAACAACUGACCAAGUUCUGGAGCUCAUUAAGACGGCCCCAGUAGAAGAUGUCCAGAAAGAAGUGGAGGGGCUUCUGUCCAGAUCCGACAUCCAGGACUUGCAGCCCUCAGUGGGGCGGCUUGUAUCAGUCCUUGUGUCCAGGAGCCUGGCUGAUCCAGCUUUCUACACCCCGAGCACCCUGGCUCAGCUGGUGCACACUCAGGGUCUCUGUCACAGUGUGUGUCCUGACCUUGUGCUGUUGGCCCUGGAGAGGAAGGACUACUUUCUGUGUCAACUCUGCUUGCAGUUCUUCCCUGACAUCCCUGAAGCUGUCACCUGUGCCUGUCUGAUGGCCUUUAUCAGUAUGCCAGACGUUGAUGCAGAGAAAGGGAGCCUGGAGCCCGACAGCGUCUCCUUCAUGGAAACCCUCAUAUCUCAGGAGCGUGGCCAGGUCGGCUUGCAGAACGGUUUCAGCCCCCCCUCCUUGGACGAGCAGCACUCAGACGCCCACAGAGGAGGUGAUGUCAUCAUCACCAACGCAGAAGAAAAGGAGAAGACCUCAACUCCCACAGAACAGAUGUGUCCCGUGGGAUUACACAAGGCUGUUCUACUAAAUGAGGUGUUGCAGACGGCGUACAGCGACACUUUCCUCCUCCCACACCUUAAAGAUCUCUCCUCCCAGAAUGUUGUUCUUUUCCUCCAGUAUCUGCAGUUCCUCUACCUAAAAUUUUCCCAGGAUGCUGUGCCACAGAUGGGAUUGAGAUCACCAAGUCUGGCUCAGAUCAUGGACUGGGUUUGCUUGGUGUUGGACGCUCAUUUCACUGUGCUGGUGAUGACCCCAGAGGCCAAAGGAUUACUGCUGAACCUCCACAACUUUGUGAAGUCACAGGUGAGACUGGUUUCUGAGCUUGGAAAGAUCGAGAGCAGCCUCCAGGAGCUCAACAAGAUGAAAGAAAAGAGGGACAUUGGACAAUACUCCAUUGAAGUCAUUGAGCUGUUUUAGAAUGUGUACAGAAUACUUUUAAUAAACCUUCGAGCAGAUCGUCUCCUCCCGACUGUUCACCUGAAGGCGUUUCAGGGUUGUUUGCAUGUCUCGACUGGUUUUAGAAGUGCUUUUUGGCGCAGAUGCUCACCACCAAAACUCAAGUUGCAUGAAUUUCACUGAAGACAUUGAACUGACUUGCAGUUCAAUCUCAACUGUUUUAAAUUUGUGUAAGCCAAUGAAAAUGUGUCCAUUCCUAUGACUUCAAUUGCAUGAUUUAUUUACACUGUCAGUUUGGUAUAACACAUACAAAAGCAACUUAAUACAGCAGUAUGGUUACGGUUUUAACCUUCAUUCAUAGUGAGACUGCCAUUGAACAAUUAACUGCCGGAGUGAAUGGUUGUAUUUUGUAUGUCCUAACACAGCUGGAUAUGUGUAAGUGUGCCAGCUGGGACUCUACAGGGUUUCCACAGGAGAAGCUUAUAUGUUGAAUACAAUUGUCUAACAAAGAGAAAACGGUCAAUGUGUGACUUUAUUUUUAUUAAAAGAUCAAGGUUGAAAUACAACCAAUCAGUGUUGGAA